AUGGACGCCAAACUGCUGAAGACAACCAAGUUCCCGCCGGAGUUUGCGAAAAAGGUGGACAUGACCAAAGUCAACAUCGAGGUGAUGAAGAAAUGGAUUGCAGAGCGGAUAUCCGUUAUUCUGGGGAACGAAGACGACGUCGUUAUCGAGCUCUGCUUCAACCUCCUCGAGGGCUCGCGCUUUCCGAACAUAAAACAUUUACAGAUCAACCUUACCGGAUUCCUAGAAAAAGAUACGGCGAAGUUCUGCAAGGAUCUGUGGAACCUUUGCCUCAGCGCGCAAGACAGCCCCCAGGGUGUACCCAAGGAGCUGCUGGAGGCAAAGAAGCUCGAGUUGAUGCAGGAACAGGUUUCUGACUGGUGGAUGCAGGCUGCCGCAGAAGAAGCACGUCGCCGGGAAGAAGCCGAGCAGGCUAGAGAACGAGACCUGGAGAGGAUCAGACGGCGUGAGAGGGAUGACCGUGGCCGUGGCAGAAGAGGCCGUGGUGGCCCUUCACGGGGGACUGAUCGUUAUGACAGCCGAGAUUCUCCUUCGCCUCAUCGACGGAGACGGAGCCCGCCAGCCUACAGAGACACGCCUCCCCGCCGGGCACCGGAUAUCUACGUCCCCAGCGGCGGUAGAAGCUACAGACGAGACAAUAAUAGAGGGCGUCGACCGUCAAGACAGCCAUCCACCUCGCCAUCUCGUUCACCAUCACGUUCUGUCUCACCAGUUCGGGACAACCGUCGACACGACAGGAGGUCUCCAGAAAGACGGCGGCGGCGCUCAACUAGCAGUUCUCGCUCGCCGUAUAGAGGUGCUGGCCGUGAGCGUGGCUGGAAACGAGCCCGCAGCCCUGCCCGUGACGAUAACUCCAGGUCUCCGAGCCGUUCGCCGUCCAGAAGAAGACGGAGAAGAUCCAGAAGCGAAAGCUCUGCCUCUCCGCCCCCUACUAGUAACCGUGCCUCGAGAUCUCGCCGUGCAUCUUCAUCACGAUCUCCGUCGAGGUCAAGUAGCGAGGGUGAUCGGCCAAGCCGACGCCCCCGGAGGAGAUCCCCUUCGUACCAACAAGGGUCUAGACGUGAUGUACCUAGAGCUGAUAUUGCUAAAGAUCGCAGAAGUCACGACCAUCGCCGGCUUAGCCGAAGCCCAAGCCGCAGCCGCAGCCGCAGCCGCGGAAGAUACCGCCGAAGACAGCGCUCGACCAGCAGCAGCUCAUCAACGAGCAGCUCACGCAGCCGUAGUGGCCGGAGGAGGCAUCAAUCUAUUGAAAGAUAUGCCCCGGCCGGACGCAGGUCGCGCAAGAACAGUUCUAUCACCCCUUCACCUGCGCAGAAACGGCAGAAGAUGGCUGAUUCAGAUGGAGAAACUGCCAGAAGUUCCCCUCAACCCGCUCAACAUAAAACUGCUAAAGAUAAUGACACACCGGAUAGGCCUCCAGCUACUGACGAGCGUCCGCCGCGGCAUGUAACAUCACGGCUUACCUCGACCGAGCUUCGAGAACGGCUCCUCAAGGAGAAGGUCAUUGCCAUUCGCCGGAUGAGUGCACAGAAGGCCGCUGCCAAAUCAUCAUAG